GACCACCAGUUGCGAUGAGGAGCCGCAUCAGCGUGGCCAAAUGGCCUUUGCAAACUCUCCAAGUUCGGCGCGUCGCCACUACUACCUCGAUACCACAGGCCGCUGAAACUGGAUUGGAUAAGGGAAAGUCCUCACGACAGUCUUGCCCAGUCCAUGGACAGCGCUCCCGUUCCACUCACGCGGCUCUGGACACCGCGAUCUUCGAAAGAGUCUCUGGCGUCAAGUCCUGGGAUGAAGUUCCUGGGCCUAAGCCGUUGCCUUUACUGGGCAAUACUUGGAGAUUUGCUCCUUUUAUCGGUAACUACUCAGUAGAACAUGUGGACAAAGUGUGUGUAUCUCUUCGAGAACAAUAUGGAAAAUGCGUUAAGAUGGCGGGUCUGCUCGGCCGACCAGAUAUGCUGUUUGUAUUUGAUGCGGCAGAGGUGGAACGCGUGUUUCGAGGAGAGGAUGCCGCUCCUCACAGACCCUCCAUGCCGUCCUUGAAUUAUUACAAGCAUGUUCUACGAAAGGAUUUUUUUGGAGCAGAAGAAAAUUGUGCCGGAGUUAUUGCAGUGCACGGCGACCCGUGGGCUGCUUUUAGGACCAAAGUAUCCAGAGUAGCGCUUAGCGCUGGUGCUGCUUCUCAAUAUCAAGUACCUGUUGCCGAAGUAGCAGAUUGUUUUGUAAAUAGAUUACGCAGUAUAAGGAACGAAUGCUUAGAAACUCCAGAGGAUUUUUUAAACGAAGUACAUAAGUGGUCAUUGGAAUCUCUCGGGCUUAUUGCUCUGGAUACACGGUUAGGCUGCUUCGAAGCAAAAGAAGGAUCGGAAAGUCAACGGCUCAUAGACGCUGUCAACACAUUUUUCCUUUGCGUUGGACAGCUUGAAUUAAAAGCUCCUUGGUGGAGAUUGUAUCCAACAACAAUGUUCAAACAAUAUGUUGCCGCACUUGAUAAUAUUCUCAGCAUAACUCUGAGUCACGUGGAAAGAGCUCUAGAAGAAUGUCAAGCCAACGGCGAAAGUAAAUCACUGCUGCAAGAUUUAGUCGUAGCAGCUGGACCCAGAGUCGCGGCUGUCGCAGCACUUGACAUGUUCCUCGUUGGUAUUGACACGACUUCAAAUGCUGUUGCAUCAACGCUAUAUCAACUUUCAUUACGUCCUAAUGUACAAGAAAAAAUAUACAAUGAAGUUACCAAAGUCUUACAAGGAAGAUCUAUGAAACCUGGUGAUGUCAACCAGAUGCCUUAUUUAAAGGCCUGCGUUAAAGAAGUGUUAAGAAUGUUCCCUGUUGUUAUUGGUAAUGGACGACAACUUACCAAGGAGACAGUUAUUUGCGGUUAUAAUAUUCCAAAAGGCACACAAGUUAUCUUUCAACACUACGUAAUGGGUAACAGUGAGGAUUUCUUCUCGAACGCGUCGGAAUUUCGUCCCGAGCGAUGGCUUCAGAGGUCUCCCUUGCAGAGCCACCACGCCUUCGCGUCACUUCCUUUUGGUUUUGGCAAGAGAAUGUGUUUAGGAAGACGAUUUGCUGAGCUGGAGAUGCAUACUGUUAUAUGUAAAAUGGUGCAGGCUUUCAAAAUGGAGUACCACCACGAGCCCUUAGACUACCACGUUCAUCCUAUGUACACUCCAAACGGUCCCAUACGUUUGAAACUUAUUGAACGAUAAAAUAUUAAUACCAUAUAGAAUAGCUAAACAACACAGUUAGAGGCCGUGUAACUUUAUAACUAUGCAAACAAUUUUGUAAGAAUGAAGUAAUUAAUAUAAAUAUUAUAUUAAAAGUUUAAAAACUAUAUUUACUCACCUAGUUUAAAAUACAGGCUGUUAAAUAAUUGACAACAAUAAUUUGAAACACUCCUUUGGUACAGUAAUUAGAAUUGGAUUUAAUGUAUCGAAUUGCCAAACAGAAUAGUAUUUAAAUCAUAAAAAAAUGUACAAUAUUUUUCUAUGAAAUCUUUUUCCGGAGGCUACUUAAGCUUGCUGCAGGGCAUUUACGUCUCACACUGGGCGUAAAUAUCACUAUUCUUCCACAAAAAACGUUGGUGUAAUCAUCCCUAAAUCGAGGGCUAUAAAUCCCACAAUCCCGAAUUAAAUAAUAAAUAAAAUAAAUUAGACAACAUCACAUACGAUGUUCUAAUUCCAUAAUAAGUAUCUAAAGCACUUGUAUCAUGGAAAUCAGAAACCACGACGGUACC